UCAACCCCCUAGCCAUAGAUCAUGAACGGUCCCUUACAACCUAUAUGCCAGUCGUAAGAGGUUGUAUAAUCGACGGGAUUAACAGGUUCAGUGAUUUGAUUGGUUGUGCAUCAUCGGGUAGUCACUGGAUUAUCUGGCCCUAACUCAUAGCUUGACAGUCCUCCGUAAUAAAACCGAAAUAUCGCUGAGUUAACAACAGACGUCUUCUGGAGUUGGUUGUAUAUUCCCCCGUCAUAUCCCCAAAGUAGGUCAGCAUCACAUUCCAGCCUGUCACAGACCAAAUAUCACGGAAUAACUGCCGCUGCUGCUGAAGCAAAUUGCCCAGUUUAACACAGCGUCCUUUUGUCUGAACACAGAGAGAGAGAUAUAUCUACAAUAUGGCGAGAAGAAUAAGUGUCCCCUCGCGGUACAAGUGGCGAUUGAGGUUGGCGGGAGAUGUGUGCAUUAUCGUUAUAAUCGCUAUAAUAACAAUCACCUUCAGCAAGAUGGCGACGCCGGUCCACCAGGGCUUCCAGUGCCACGACCCCCGCCUGCAGCAGCCCUACAAGGCAGGAGCAUCCGUCCCUAACGCUGUCUUAUAUGGGAUCGGCUUCGGACUGCCGGCUGUUGUGAUGAUCCUGGCGGAAUCCUUCAUAAUUUACAAGCAGGAGAAAGGGAGCAACCGCUGGGGGUCGAUGAUACUGAAGUCUUUUGAAGCCAUUGUUCCUUUCUUCUUUGGAGGCGCGGUUACCCACCUGACCACAAAUGUACCGAAGUUUGUGAUUGGCCGACUUCGUCCAAAUUUCUUUGAUGUCUGCAAACCUGAUUGGUCGAUGGUUGACUGUAGUAAUGGCGGGUAUAUCACGAAGAAUAUUUGCACAGAGACCAACACCAAACUUAUUGACAAGACCAGGGUGUCCUUCCCGUCUGGUCACGCCUCGCUCUCUAUGUAUUUCAUGGUCUUCCUCAUCCUGUACCUGCAAAGACGCCUGACCUGGUCCAGCUGUCCACUCCUCCGGCCGGUACUGCAGCUCACCUUGUUCUACAUGGCGCUGUGCUGCGGUCUCAGCCGUCUGUAUGACCACCUGCACCACUGGGAAGACAUCGUGGCUGGAGACGUCCUGGGGCUCAGCAUUGCCGUGUUGGUGUUUUUCAAAGUCCGCCCCGUGUAUAUGUGUGAGGCGCAGGCUGGGGAGGAAAAUCCGGAGUACCCGGGAGAGAUACCGGAAGUAAAAGUGGACCCCCCCGAGGAAGAAAUAGCUGAAGAGAAAGAUGAUCCAACCGUUGAAGAGACACCGGAAGUGACAGGUGAUCCCACCGAGGAAACAAAGGGUGAGGGAGCCCCGGAUGAAACAAUUAAAGUUGAAAUGGCGACGGAAGUUGCCUAGUAGAAGUAACAGAUUAAGCCUAACUGUAAUGGUGCAUCUCAAUUGGGAAAUAUUAGUUAAUCGCUGCAAAUCUCAUGGAAAGACAGACCAGAAGUAUGUAGUCACUGUUGAUGUAAUAAAAGAUACAUAUAC